UGCCGUACGAAAUCGAACACCCAAACCUUAUGCUAUCUGCAUCCGGAUCUGACCGUGUAUUCUACGGAACAACUUCGUUUUUUCUUUUUUUUUUGCAAAAAAUUAUUGGGUGUAGUCCUAUGUAUACUGGUCCGCCCCUGACUUCUAGGUGUGAUCUGUGUCACUUCCGUGUGUUUCAUCAGCUGGGAAGAGUAUGCCACAUCAGUCAUACACUCUGAGACCAAGGUUGUAGCGGCGUCGAUUUGCGCCGCUUUUCGUACUUGGGGUGCAAAACAAACGGAUUGUUAUUUUUUAGUAAAACAGCUAGUUUCAUGCUGGUGCAAGAGUUUAUACCAAUGCAAAUCCGCUAUAUUCCUUUUCCAAUUCGCUCCAAUCAUAUAAUAUGUUAAUAUUCUCGUAGAUAAUUUGAUAAUUUCGGAUUCACAAGUCAUAACCCAAACAUCUAGCGACCUUGGCCUCUUAGAAAACGACCUGUAACAUAUGAUUUGCCCAACCAUCUCAGAUAUUUGAGCCAUUGUGCUGAGACACGUUACACGGACACGUCAGUUUGGUGCCGUAUCGCAUAUCCGAUACGUAUCGGAUACGGAUACGUAUCGAAUACGCCACAGAUAUGUAUCUUGUGAGUAUCCGGUUUUUUGUUUUUUUUUGCGAAUAUUGGAUACGUGGGCCGAUACGUAUCGAGUCGAUGGAUACGGCUCAGCCCACUAACACAGCCCAAUAACACACGUUAAGCCCCCGACGCCUAAGCCUCCCUCCCGUAGAUCCGCACACGCCCCGACGCCCAGACUUCCUCGCGCCGCAGGUCCGCCGGGUGACGUCGGCGCGCCGCAAUCCCGCUCGCCGUCCGCCGGCGACGAGCUUCCGCCUUUGCUCACCGGCGACGAGCCUCCGUCCCUGCUCGCCGGCCGCCAACGACGGAUCCAGGCCCGUGCGACGCGGAUCCAAGCCCCUGCGACGCGGAUCCAAGCCCCUGCGACGCGGCGAACUCCCGAGCGAAGCUAAUAUGGCUGCCUUGCCACUGGCCACUGCUGAAGUAUGUGAUGCUAAUCCUCAUUUGAUUAUGAAUGGCGAGCUUCGUGCUCUCCAUCCCAUCUUCCAAAUCUACGGAAGGCGCCAAGUUUUUGCUGGUCCUAUUGUGACCCUGAAGGUCUACGAGGACAAUGUUCUGAUCCGUGAGUUCCUUGAGGAGAAAGGCCACGGCAGGGUCCUUGUGGUUGAUGGUGGUGGGAGUAUGCGCUGUGCCAUUCUGGGUGGCAACCCUGUCCAGCAGGCACAGAACAAUGGGUGGGCUGGCAUUGUGGUGAAUGGGUGUAUCAGGGAUGUUGAUGAGAUCAACGGCUGUGACAUUGGUGUUCGAGCUCUCAACUCCCACCCGAUGAAGGCAAACAAGAAGGGCAUUGGUGAGAAGCAUGUCCCUGUGACCAUGGCAGGAACUAGGAUUUGCGAUGGCGAAUGGCUCUAUGCCGAUACAGAUGGCGUUCUUGUCUCGAGGACGGAGUUGACUGUGUAGACCCAUUCCCUGUUUGUACGUGUGUAUAAGAAUUGGGCACAUGAAAGCAGGGCUGCUCCUGUCGUUGCCUGUUGGUGUUCUGUCUGAACUUGUAAUAAUGGAUUGUUGUUGGAUCACACGAUUACCAGGAAUAAUUGGAUGUUACAAAUUGUUGUCGAUCAACUUUUGGAAUUGGGAACUCUUAUUCUGGUGAA